AUGACAUUUAAAAUGGAACCUGAUAUUAAUAUAAACUUUCCUUUUCAAAAUAUUUCUUUAUUUGAAAAUGUUAAUGAAUCUCAACUAUAUGAUGAUAAAGUCAUUUCAGAUAUUUAUGUUAAAGAAAUAGUUAAAUCCAGUGAUGAUAAAGAU